AUGAUCCUCCUCUCCUCGCGCAGCGCCUUACUCUCCGUCUACUACCCGCAGAUCUUCCUCAUCCUCACCAGCGGCAGCUACCUAGCUUUGUCGUCUGUGGUGGCUUUAGGAGCAAACAUCAUUUGCAACAAAAUCCCCGGGUUGGCUCCUCGGCAGCGAGCGAUCUGCCAGAGCCGUCCUGAUGCCAUCAUAGUGAUCGGAGAAGGGGCCCAGAUGGGAAUCAAUGAAUGCCAGUACCAGUUCCGAUAUGGCAGGUGGAACUGCUCAGCGCUGGGAGAGAAGACAGUCUUCGGACAAGAGCUCCGAGUAGGAAGCAGGGAAGCCGCUUUCACCUACGCCAUCACCGCUGCUGGGGUUGCCCACGCCGUGACCGCUGCCUGCAGCCAGGGGAACUUGAGCAACUGCGGCUGCGAUCGAGAGAAACAAGGUUACUACAACCAAGAGGAAGGGUGGAAAUGGGGAGGCUGCUCCGCCGAUAUCCGAUACGGCAUCGAAUUCUCCAGGAGGUUUGUUGAUGCCCGAGAAAUCCGAAAGAGUGCUCGGAGACUGAUGAACUUACACAACAAUGAGGCUGGAAGAAAGGUACUUGAAGAGAGAAUGAAACUGGAAUGCAAAUGUCAUGGGGUUUCUGGUUCGUGUACAACCAAGACCUGUUGGACCACGCUUCCGAAAUUCAGAGAGAUUGGAUACAUUUUGAAAGAGAAGUACAAUGCCGCCGUGCAGGUGGAAGUUGUCCGGGCAAGCAGACUCCGGCAACCCACCUUCCUCAAGAUCAAGCAGAUCAGAAGUUACCAGAAGCCCAUGGAAACAGAUUUGGUCUAUAUCGACAAGUCGCCCAAUUACUGCGAGGAAGAUGCUUCCACCGGGAGCGUAGGCACGCAGGGAAGGCUUUGCAACCGUACCUCCCCGAGUGCGGAUGGCUGUGACAUGAUGUGCUGCGGAAGGGGUUACAACACCCACCAGUACACCAAAGUGUGGCAGUGUAACUGCAAGUUCCACUGGUGCUGCUUUGUGAAAUGCAACACGUGUAGCGAGCGGACAGAGGUGUUCACCUGCAAAUAACAGCGGAGGUUCCCAGGGAGAAAAGGACACGACCACUACA